AUGGAGGCGCAGAGACAAGGCCGGCUGCACUCGGCGCCGUCCUGCGCGCAGAGCAGGAUGGCGGCGCGGCCCCUCGGCCGCCGCGGGCUGGCGGCGCGGGCAGCGUGGAAUGCAGUAGCUCUGUGGGCAUGGGACAUUGUGGUUGAUAACUGUGCCAUUUGCAGAAACCACAUUAUGGAUCUAUGCAUAGAGUGUCAAGCAAAUCAAGCAUCAGCUACCUCUGAAGAGUGCACAGUUGCAUGGGGCGUCUGCAAUCAUGCUUUCCACUUCCACUGCAUCUCCCGCUGGCUCAAAACUCGCCAAGUAUGUCCGUUGGACAACAGGGAAUGGGAGUUUCAAAAGUAUGGACAUUAGAGAGAUGGUCACUAAGCUUCUUGUGUCGUCAGCCCGAAUUGUUCAUCUCAUUAUGGGUUUGUUUUAGCAAUUUGAAAAAUAUAUGUACUGUUCUGCUUCAAUCCGAAUAUCUCUCUAUUGUGCACCAUUGAAUAAAAUCUUGUUAGAGGUUCCUCUCUA